AUGAAGUGGCUGCUCCUUGCUCUGGUGUGCCUGCACCUCUCCGAGGGGCUGCUGAGGAUUCCUCUGAAGAAAGGCAAGUCCAUACGGGAAGCCAUGAAGGAGAAGGGCGUGCUCCACGAGUACCUGCAGAAGCACCGCUACCACGACCCUGCCUACAAGUUCUUCAGCAGCUUCUCCAGCAUCUACGAGCCCCUGUCCAACAGCAUGGAUAUGUCCUACUACGGGGAGAUCAGCAUUGGGACCCCCCCGCAGAACUUCCUGGUGCUCUUCGACACCGGCUCCUCCAACCUCUGGGUGUCCUCCACCCUGUGCCAGAGCCAGGCCUGCACCAACCACAACCUGUUCAACCCCAACCAGUCCUCCACGUUUUCAACCCAGGAUGAGUACUUCUCCCUGCAGUACGGAACGGGCAGCCUCACCGGCAUCUUUGGCUACGACACGGUCACAAUCCAAGGCCUCUCCAUCACCAACCAGGAGUUCGGCCUGAGUGAGACCGAGCCUGGCACCAACUUUGUGUACUCCCCGUUCGAUGGCAACCUGGGGCUGGCCUUCCCUUCCCUUUCUGCCGGCGGUGCCACCACGGUGAUGCAGGGCAUGCUGCAGCAAAACCUGCUGGAUUCCCCCAUCUUCAGCUUCUACCUGAGCGGGCAGGAGGGCAGCCAAGGCGGAGAGCUCGUCUUCGGAGGCGUCGGCCCCAACCUGUACACGGGGCAGAUCACCUGGACCCCCGUCACCCAGACCAGCUACUGGCAGAUCGGGAUCGAAGACUUCUCCAUCGGUGGGCAGAGCAGCGGCUGGUGUAGCCAGGGCUGCCAGGGAAUCGUCGACACGGGAACCUCCCUCCUCACCGUCCCCACUCAAGUCUUCACCCAGCUGAUGCAGUACAUCGGAGCUCAGGCUGACGGCAACGGCCAGUACGUGGCGAGCUGCAGCAACAUUGGGAGCAUGCCCACCCUCACCUUUGUCAUCAGUGGCACCAGCUUCCCCCUGCCUCCCUCCGCCUACAUGCUCCAGAGCAACAGCGGCUACUGCACCGUCGGGAUCGAAUCCACCUACCUGCCCUCCCAGAACGGGCAGCCGCUGUGGAUCCUCGGCGACGUCUUCCAGAGGUCCUACUACUCCAUCUACGACAUGGGCAACAACCAAGUGGGCUUCGCCACCGCUGCGUGA